GUUUGCUUCAAGUGUAGAGCACGCUAUGAACCAAACAGAUACAAGAAGCCAUUGUGGGCUGCAGUCAUUGUGGCAGUGAUAGUCUUCAUUACUACAAAUGUUGUUGCAGCAGUUUUAACAAAAAAUGAUGAACUUGAUCAAAACAUUGACUAUACAGAUAUCAUCCUUGCUCGUGUGAUCAUAAAUGAAGCUUUAUUCCUCAUUUUUGCCAUUGCCUUGGCUGUGUGUAUAUACAAAAUCUCCAGGAUGUCAUCAGCUAACCUGGUCCUUGAAGCUAAGGGUACCAGCAAGUGGCAAGCAAUGGCAGCCUGUGUGGUGAUUGUUGUGUUGUUUACUUCUAGAGUUGUGUAUAAUGUCAUUGCAAUAUGUAAUAUAGAAAAGAUGCCUGGGUUUGGCUAUGACUGGGUCAAUGUUUCAGAUGAGGCAGAUCAAGUGAACCUUUCCAAUGGAUAUGCAUACUUGUCUUUUGGUAUUGUUCUCUUUGUGUGGGAGAUUUUACCAACAUUUGUAGUGGUAAUGUUUUUCCGUGUUAAGCGACCCCAAACUACACCCCUGUUGACUGAUGCAUCAGUGGAAGGUCUCAGCCCCCGUGCCUACUUCUUUGAUAACCCAAGAAGGUAUGACAGUGAGGAGGAUUUGUCAAAGAGCACAGGUGGAAAUCAGGCAGACCUCCAUGCCCCCAUCAACGGCUCCCCAGCCAGACUUGGCGUCAGUUAUUCCAGUCUUGGGGGUUCACUGGCUGGAAGAACAGGGAGUUAUUCUCAGCAGAUGCCAGGGACCACUCCCCCUGUUAUGUAUGCUCCAACCCCCGUCACUCCUCAGCAACACACGCAACGUUUAGGUGACGAAACAUAACCUUUCACUUUGACUGCUUUGGAUUUACGAGAGAAAUUGCUUGGGAUUUGCCACGUGUACUUUUUAUGUUACUUUUAACAGGCAUGGAAACGCCUUUAAGUGAUGGUUUAGCUUGUAAAUUUUAGAAGUGUAUAAUUUUGCCAUUUCAGGAGAAAAUUGGCUUGUGAUAGUGUCAGAUGUUUUUAUUUUCUUCAAAUCAUGCCCCAAAUGUUGGUUUUAUAGCUUCAUCAUUAAUAUUACAAUAAAGUUUAAUUAUAAUCA